AUGGACACUGGACCAGGCAGUGCAUCAGCGUCGAGUGACCUUGACAGUGAUGGGGGCUGUGCAAAUGGAGAUCCACAAAACAUGGGAGAUGACAUCGGGAACGAUGCGGAAGGGGUAUGGAGUGCUGACAUCGAGCAGAGUUUUCAGGAGGCCCUUGCCAUCUACCCACCCUGCGGUCGAAGAAAGAUCAUCCUCUCCGAUGAAGGCAAGAUGUAUGGCAGGAAUGAACUGAUUGCUCGAUACAUCAAGUUAAGGACAGGGAAGUCUCGAUCUCGCAAACAGGUCUCAAGUCACAUUCAGGUGCUGGCAAGAAGAAAGUCUAAAGAAAUACAAGCCCAUGUCAGGGACCCAUCAACAAAAGAGAAAGUUCUUCAGAGCCUUUCAACCAUGUCCUCAUCACAAAUUGUGUCGGCCAACGCUCUCCACCACAAAAAUCUCACCACGGGGGCUGUCACUAACAAUCUUCUGCCUAACUCUAUCAACGCUAACAUGAUGGUCGACCAGUUUACUGCCUACCAGCCGACUCUCUGGAACAUCACACCACCUUCACACACGCCCGAAAAAAAGAGUUCCCCAUCAAUUACAAUGAGUUUGCCUAUUGAACCCGCUUACAAGGGGCGGAGCAUAGCUGGUCCCAAGCUGCGAUUGGUCGAUUUCUCUGCAUUUCAAGAACAUCAGGAGGGUGAAACUCUCCAUCGCCAUUUAUUCGUACACAUCAACAGCAUUGUGAGUUAUAACGAUCCCUUUUUAGAAUCAGUAGACAUAUGCCAGAUUUCAGACAAGUUCCCAAAUAAGAAGGGUGGUUUGAAGGAGCUCUUUGACCAGGGACCUCAGUCUGCAUUCUUUCUCGUCAAAUUUUGGGCAGAUGUGAACACGAAUCUGCCCAGCAAUGCUGGCUUCUAUGGCAUAUCUAGUUUAUAUGAGAGUGACACAGACAUGGUCGUACAGUGCUCUACGAAGGUCUGCUCGUUCGGCAAGCAAGUUGUCGAGAAAGUUGAGACGGAGUAUGCAAAUGCGGAGAACUGCAAGUUCACGUACAGAAUACACAGGUCGCCAAUGUGUGAGUACCUCAUCAACUUCAUACACAAACUCAAAACAUUGCCCGAGAAGUACAUGAUGAACAGCGUGCUCGAGAACUUCACCAUAUUGCAGGUCGUGGCUCACAGAGAGACCCAGGAAACACUACUCUGUGUCGCCUACGUCUUCGAAGUCUCCACCAAUGAACACGGAGCCCAGCAUCACAUCUACAGACUGGUCAAAGAGUCCUGA